GCAUACAUGACCCAUUGAUGGUCAUAUUGCCGCAGAACGGCAGACACGAAAUACUUGAGAAGAUCAAAAGGGUCUGUUUCCUCCAAGCGCAGUCACAGAAAUCAUGGAGCUUUCCCCUUCAUCUGCUGUGAUCGCCCAACAAACUUGGGAGCUUGAGAACAACAUCAUCCCCAUGGACUCUCCCACUACCAGCGCCGACCAAGCCUCCGACGCCAUCUUCUACUACGACGAGGCCGCCCAGACCGAAUUCCAGAGAAGCAAGCCUUGGGUUAACGACCCCCACUACUUCAAGCGUGUCAAGAUCUCUGCUCUUGCCCUUCUCAAGAUGGUUGUCCAUGCUCGCUCUGGUGGCACUAUUGAAGUCAUGGGUCUCAUGCAGGGUAAGACCGAUGGCGAUGCCAUCAUCGUCAUGGACGCCUUCGCUUUGCCCGUUGAAGGCACCGAAACUCGUGUCAAUGCCCAAGCCGAUGCCUACGAAUAUAUGGUUGAUUAUUCUCAGACUAACAAGCAGGCUGGGCGUCUGGAAAAUGUUGUUGGAUGGUAUCAUUCUCACCCUGGUUAUGGAUGCUGGCUUUCGGGUAUUGACGUGUCUACACAAAUGCUAAAUCAGCAAUUUCAAGAGCCCUUCCUGGCUGUAGUCAUUGACCCGACAAGGACGGUCUCUGCUGGAAAAGUUGAUAUUGGAGCGUUCAGGACAUACCCAGAAGGUUAUAAGCCUUCAGACGAGCCUGUAUCUGAGUACCAAACCAUCCCGUUAAAUAAGAUUGAAGACUUUGGUGUUCACUGUAAACAGUAUUAUGCUUUGGAUAUCACUUACUUUAAGUCUUCUCUUGAUUCACAUCUCUUGGAUCUUCUAUGGAACAAAUAUUGGGUGAAUACACUUUCAUCUUCUCCGUUAUUGGGUAAUGGAGAAUAUGUUGCUGGACAAAUAUCAGAUCUAGCUGAAAAGCUAGAACAAGCAGAAAAUCAGUUGGCACACCCACGCUUUGGGUCAAUAAUUGGUCCUCCUCAAAAAAAGAAAGGAGAAGAAUCUCCACUUGCUAAGAUUACUCGUGACAGUGCAAAAAUUACUGUAGAGCAAGUACAUGGCCUGAUGUCGCAGGUCAUCAAGGAUAUCCUCUUCAACUCUGUUCGUCAAGCAAACAAAUCUAUCGCGGAAGCAUCUGGCCCUGAACCAAUGAUUGAAAGUUGAUUCUGGCAUCAUGAAGGGGGCAAUGUUAGGGAAUAUAUUACUAUCAACUAGGCAAUCAACAAUAGAGACUCGGUUCUUUUGAGAUGGUGCUGCAUAUAGCACAAGCUCAUCAUACGGUUACCUCAAGCUCAACUUGUGGUUGCAUUGGAAUCCGAUAAUUGCCAUUUACUUGAAA